AUGACAGAUAAUCAAGGGAUUACCCAUCCUCAACAUCAGAGAAGAUUGCUAUCCAAUAAAUCAUCUAUUUCUCAUACGGCCAAUAGUAGCAAUAAUGCAAGUAAUAGAUCGAUCAAUAAUUCUAAUGCUAAUUCUAACAGAUGGAUGUUACAACAGCAACAGCAACAGUAUGCAGGUGUGACGAGUUCUUCUUUGAAUACACAAAUCUAUAAUAAUAGAGCGCAUUCGUUACAACAAUUGCAAGUGAGAGAUCCAUAUAAUAUGGCACUGUAUCAACAGCAGCAGCAGCAGCAGCAGCAGCAGCAACAAUCUUCGCAACAGUUUAUGGAUCCAUAUAUGUAUAUGUAUUCAGCUCCUACUAUGGUGAUGCCGUUGGCUCAAAGACAAAUUAAUACUUUACAACAUCCUGGUCAAUUAUCACCUUAUGGGAGAGUAAUGACAAAUGUUACAGGUGGCGGUAAUAGUGGUAUUACACGUAGAAGGAAUGUUAAAUUAUCAAAUAAUAAUAAUAAUAAUAAUAAUAAUAAUAAUAAUAAUAAUAAUAAUAAUAAUAAUAAUAAUACCAAUAAUACCCAUACCAAGAGAAAGAAUAAUUUACAAGGAAAAUCUAAUACAACGAUACAACCUUCUAAUACAAUGAAUAAUACUAAUUUGAACUCAAAUCAUCAAAAUAAUAUUAUUAAAUAUAGAAAUGUUAAAGAAGUUACGGAUUUUACUCAAGCUAAUGAUAUUUUGUUAAAGAAUAUUAAAAUAAACAAUUAUUAUGAUAUUGCAUUUGAAUCUAUUAAUGAUGAUGAAGUUACUGAGUACGAGAAUUUACUUCAAAAUACUCAAAAUGAUACUAAUAGCAAUAAAAGUAAAACAAUCAUUAAUAAGAUACCCAAAAAGACUCCCCAACAACAACAGCAACCUCAUGGAAAUGGUAAUAAUAAUAAUAAAAUUGUGUUUAAAUUAAAGACACCGAUGGAGACUUUAAAGAAGAAAAACAUUGAUAAUCAAAAAAAUAAUACAACUUUGUUUAUUAAUAAGAUUCAAACAGUUUAUAAAGAUGAGAAUUCUACUAAACAACCAUUAUUGUUAGGUGGUAAUCAAGCAUUUAAAGUUUCUUCAAUUAAUGAUUAUUCUCCAAAAUUAUUAGAGGCGUUCUUAAGUAAACAAGGGGUCUCGACAAAAAAUGUCAUUACUUCUACUUCACCUGCAUUAUCUACAUCCUCAGGGAAUCUAGUAUCCUCAGGAUCUACCAGCGGAGUCUCAGCUAAUAGACCUAGACAAUUACAGUUGAAGGCUAACGUCUCUGCAUUAUAUAAUGAUAGCUUUGACCUAAGUUUCGAUGGUAAAGCAAUGGAUCGUAGUGAUGUUUUCCGUAUGGUUGACUCCUUCAGUGUAGCAUUUUCUGAUAAUGACGAUAGUAAUAUCAUGAUGCAGAAUACUCAAUCAGUAAUUAUUCAAGAAGGUAGAAAUAGAGGUAAAAGAAAGAAUAACAAACAGGUUGAUGGGGAUGAUGUUGACGGUAAAGUUGAGGACGGUGCUGAAAAUGAUCAAGGUGAGGAACAGGAUGAUGAUAAUAACAUUGAAAGUACUAAAAAUGAAUCACAAAUCAAUGGAAACGAUGAUUUGGCUGAUGCAGGCAGCAGUGACAUUAUAGGGCCCAUUGAUAACAACGAAUCAAGUUUCAUUGUUAACCCAUCUGAUAAUAUCUUACCAGCAGAGAUUACUAGCAGUGAGGCCGCUUAUUGA